UUCAGCUCUCGCAGCAUCUCCGGCUCCCGCACCGUCUCCAUGUCUGGCUCCCGCAGCAUCUCUGGCUCCAGCGCCAUGAGCCUGAGCGGAGGGAUGCAGAUGCUCGGAGGCAGACAGACCCGCAUGUCCACCGGCAGCGUCACCUUGGGCAGCACACCCAGCGUGUACGGAGGGGCAGGGGGUUACGGGACCCGCGUCUCCCAGUCUGCGUUCUCCUUCGGCUCUGGGUCAAUGUCUGGGUACAACGACUCUGCAGUCAUCGGCAAUGAGAAGGGGACCAUGCAGAACCUCAACGACCGGCUGGCCUCCUACAUGGUGAAGGUUAAAACCCUGGAAUCGGCCAACAUGAAGCUGGAGAUGCAGAUCAGAGAGUUCUGUGAGAAGAGAACCUAUGUGUCCAGAGAUCUUGACGGAUACUUUGCCACCAUCACUGACCUCCAGGCGCAGGUCAUAAGGAGGCGCUUAGAGAAUCAAAAUAUCCUCCUGCAGAUUGACAACGCUCGGCUGGCUGCUGAAGACUUUAAAAUGAAGUACGAGAUGGAGCUGAACUUGCGCUCGAUGGUGGAGGCCGACUUGUCUCGUUUCCGAGGGAUCCGGGACAGCGUGACUCUCAACAUCAGCGACCUGGAGAUGCAGAUAGAGGGUCUGAGAGAGGAGCUGGUCUACAUCAAGAGCAACCACAAGGAGGAGAUGCUUCUGCUGAGGCACCAGCAGAGUGGUAAGGUGAACGUGGAGGUGGACAGCUCAGAAUCGGUGGAUCUGCAGAAGACACUGGAGGAAAUCAGGGAGUACUACGAGAAUAUGGUCUUGAAGAACAAGCAGGAAGUUGAGAAGUGGUUCCAAGAAAAGAUGACUAGUCUCGAGGUGGUCCUCGUUUCAACCUCCACAGAAGUGAAGACUUUUUACACAGAGCUGUCGGAGCUCAAGAGGAGCUUCCAGAGUUUGGAGAUAACUCGACAGAGCGUCUUCACAGAGUUUCAGUGCCUGCAGCAGAGUCUGGAUGAGGCGAACAGUCGAUACAGCAUUCAGCUCAGCCAGCUGCAGAUAAGCAUUAACUAUCAGCAGGAGGAGCUGCAGCGUCUGAUAGUCUCCAUCGAGCAGCAGCAAUCAGAGUACAACCUGCUGCUGGACAUCAAGAUGAGGCUGGAGCGCGAGAUCGCCGAGUACAGGAGGCUGCUGGAGGGAGAGAUACACGAGAAAAGGUCUGUGAUCAUCAGCAAGGUGGUAGAAGUGGAAGAGCAUAAGCCCCACAUCGAGAGGAGAGUGAAGACCAUCGUGGAGGAGAUCAUUGAUGGAAAGGUGGUGUCCUCCUCGGUCGACACCCAAGUGGAAGAAAUCCAGUGA